GAAACUUUUACACAGACAACCGCACUGUAAUCCUUGCCGUCUCCACCUUCCAGAAAGUCUCUAUAAAUACCGCCAUAUCACAACCGCCACCACCGCCACAGCAUAACUACCAGCGCCCCACCAGAUUAUUAUUUUUCUUUUAAUUACCUUUACUUAGCAGCCCCGCUCUUUUCUCUGUAUUUAUUUUUUUCCUUUCCUUUCCUUUCAACUGUCAAAAAGUUAAAAAAGCAGUACCUAACAGAACAUCCCUCGUGAUUCCCAACCUUCCUCCUUCUUUCUCUCUCUUCUUCUUUAUAAUUUUUCUUUGCCCAUUCUUCUCUCUCUAGAAAAUCUUUUUCUCAUGAAAGUAAACCGCCACAGUGUCAACAGCCACGCAACCGCCAACUCUGAUGAUGACGACGACGAGAUGUGCAAAACAAUCGAAGUUGCCGUUGUUGACCUUCGUGAUCCGCCGCCGCCGCCACUGGUCGUCGGUGACGAGCUUAGUUUUAUUCCACCGUUAAACUUUUCAAUGGUUGAUAAUGGCAUAUUUAGGUCUGGCUUUCCUGACUCCGCUAAUUUCUCGUUUCUCCAGACGCUUGAACUUCGCUCUAUCAUAUGUCUAUGUCCCGAACCUUAUCCGGAGCUUAACACAGAGUUCCUCAAGGCCAAUGGGAUUACGCUUUUUCAGUUCGGUAUCGAAGGUUAUAAGGAGCCCUUUGUAAACAUACCAGAGGAUAUGAUCCGUGAAGCCCUAAAAGUUGUCUUAGAUGUGAGGAAUCACCCAGUUUUGGUACACUGUAAACGAGGGAAGCAUCGGACAGGUUGUGUCGUGGGCUGCUUGAGAAAAUUGCAAAGAUGGUGCCUAACAUCCAUCUUUGAUGAGUACCAGCGGUUUGCAGCAGCGAAGGCUAGGGUAUCAGAUCAAAGGUUCAUGGAGUUGUUUGACGUUUCUACCUUAAAGCAUAUCCCAAUGUCAUUUUCAUGCUCAAAGAGAUAAUCAACUAGUCGGACUAAAUGGCUUUUGCUUUUCUUUGUUAUCCCAAGGGAUACAUAGGUCCUGCUCUGGAAUAAAUAGGAAAAGGUGAUGAGUUCCUGGAUGCAUAACCGCGGCAAAAGGAAUUAUUCUUUUUCUUUCCUUCUUUAAGGGUAAUAAGAAGCAUAUAAAAUCGGCUUAUAUGUCCUGUGUGCACAACAACUAGUGCUGUAGAUCAAAUCUUGAUUUCUUCUUGAAGUUCAUAUAGUGAUUAGGCUGUUUCAAGGUCUUUUACAGAACAAUGGAUUCUCAAACAUGAAUCAAAAUUAUUGCUCUUCUACUCUGUAGCGCUGCGCUGGCCUGUGAUUUACAAAGAAAGGCAUAGCGGUUAGAAGGGUUUUUUGUGAACUCAUAAGCCUUGAGUAGCAGUAAGUAGCUUACUCAAAUAUAGGAACAGAAAAAAAAAAAAAGGAAAAGAAAAACAAAUAUGCUAGUGUGUAUUACGUAUUUUGAUAAAUAAAGAAAUCUUGAAGCAUUUAGCUUCCA